AGUUGCAAGUCAGGAACUAUCGCGUCCGCGUGGCUGCUCGGCCUUGCCUAUUCGCGCUGUCAUCCCGCCGAUCUCGAGCGCGACGAUCGGCCGAUCGAUCGAUCACAUAAGUAUACGGUGAAAGAGGGAGAUCUUUCGCGAUUCAACCGCGAUUUCCCGAUUUUUCGAUGUUAUUCCGCGGCGCGACGAAUUUCCGCUCGCGCGACUAGAUCGUCCGUUUUUGUUUUUUUUUUUCCCUUAAUUAAUGGAAAGCAACGAAAACGAAAGCGUCGUGACACCGAGCGAGACGUGUCUAUGUAGACGAAAAGCGUAGAACGCGCGUGGGUACAGUGCGACACGUAAGAUUUCUCACAGGCGGCAUGGAUAAAGACUUUCGCCCGGAUUAUCAAAAAAUGCGAUGUGCUCUGCUUCAUCUGCUGCUGAUAGUGGGGGGUGCAACAGGUUUGAAAAAUCUGACGAUAAGCGUACCGGCCAUGGUGAGAUCAGGGGAUACCGUAACGCUAUCAUGUCACUACGACUUGGAGGGCGCAAAUUUGUAUACUAUACAAUGGUUCUUCAACGCUAUAGAAUUUUACAGCUACAUACCUGACCGCGUUCCACCGCUCAAAACGUUUGACGUCGGUAUACAAGUUAACGAUUCCGAAUCGAACACAAACGAUGUGACAUUGAUGAACUUGACCAGGCAACUUACCGGGAUCUACAAGUGCGAGGUGUCCGCUGGCAGUCCUUCCUACCACACUAUGAUAGAAAGGGGAAUGGAAGUAGUCGACGCCCCAAAAACGGAUCCUACGAUUCGCAGUGAGAAGGAGCGCAUAGCGGUGAGCGAGACGCUACGAGUCAACUGUUCCUCAGGCGACUCACGACCAGCCCCCAAUGUUACAUGGAAGCUCAACGGAGACCUCAUCGAGGACAAUUCGCAGUAUAGUGUGCAACACUACAAAGUUUCUCACGAAAACGACACACAAUCUACGAAGUCGCAGAUACGUUUUAAAGUGACGGAGAGCAUGUUUCGCAAUGGACGUUUACACCUACGCUGCACGGCCUCCAUCGCAGACGUUUAUCGGAAAUCGGUGGACAUCGACAUCGCCGAGGACAGACCUCGUCUCGCAUCCAUCACCGGCGUAAAAUCACCACCGUACGGUGGAGCGAACGGAUGCGCCGGACAGAAUUGGCCCUGGAAUGGUAAUCGCGGUGCGGCGAUAAUAAUAGCCGUCGCGGCGGCUACCCUGUUCCUGAUGAUGACAUCGCUGACGAUGACGGUACCCCCGAUAACGUAUGUACUGUCGAGGAACGAGCCGACAGUUAGCAGGUAGCUCGCGAGCACCCUCCAUGAAGAUAUCGCUGCCACUGUCUGAUCCGAUUACACAUCGUCCAUGUAAAACCUAGUAGUCUAGGGCUUCCAGUUAUGUAUGUUACUAUGUAUAGAAUAGAUAGUCGAAUAACGAUGAUUUUUAUUCUCUCGAGGAGCCUACGAAACACGGAGAAGAUUGGCGUUACGCUAUAAGCGAAUCGAUCGCAAGAUUAUCCAUAACUCGUAUACCGUUUACUUUUGAACGUGUUGUCUUUCGAUGUAAAUUGUUGAUCGCUGUAAAAACGAAGAAGGGAAAAAAACGAACGGCAUGAUGAGGUAAUGUCCGAGGUGUAGACGAAAAUCAACCUACCGCGACUCUAAAGCAACGAAGUGAACGUGAAAUCGUUAACCAAGCUAUAAGAGAUCAGCUGCAUUUUUGUGAUUAAAGCAUACGACAGAUGUUUCGAAGAAAGAAAAACGAUGGAGGUUCGACUUUCGUUCACGUUUUCAUUUGAAUUCUCCGACGAAAACAUAAAUGCGAUAUUGAUUAGUGAUCGGAGUGUUCACAAAGUGUCAAAUAUAGAUUAUAUACAGGGGUAAUUAUAAUAACUGAGAUAUACAUAUAUAUAUAUAUAUAUAUAUAUAUAUAUAUAUAUAUAUAUAAAAUAACGUUAGCGCAGUAACGAGCGGCGUUCUGCUCAAUAUUCGCUCCUUUUAUGAUGUCUGACAGAAAAUGCAUCACGAUAGGUACCGAUUUGUAAUCUGUACAAAUUGUAAUAAAUUAUAAUACGAACUGUACAUACGA